GUAAGUUUGUUAAUUUUGUAAAUUUUUUGUUUGACACUCGCACACCAUCGUGUUGUCUCCCUCUGAAAUCGAAGUCGCCCACUCCCUCUACCUCUAAAAUCGACCCCAUGUUCUCCGUCAUCUUCUCCGACUAAAGAUUCCCGGCCUUGUCACAAUCGCACGGACGCACGGUUUUGUAUUUCUCUUUCUAUCCGAUUGUCAACUAAAUUGUGGAAAUUGCUGAGAAAUUUGGAAGUUAUAAAUUGCUGGAGAUCUGGAGUGGAGUGUUGAGGCUUCUCAAAAGGUGUAUAGGAGUAUAGUGGAUGUAGGUGGGAUUGAUUGACUGAUUGAGCAAGAUGAUGAUGUUGAGGAGGUGUAGCUCAAGGAUCAACAGCAGCCAUAAGUCCAAGUCUCCAAAGACAAGGAAAAGAAGAUCAUGGAAGACGGCCAUGGUUUUCCCCAAACUGGGCAGGUUUCGAAUGGUGAGGAGGAGAAUAAGAAAAAGAAGAAGAAGCAGUGUUCUUCAUCCCACAGGUUUAAGUAUGCCCUUGAGAAGGUGUAGUUCCAGGGGCAUGAGACAGAGAAGGAAGAGUGGUAGGUGUGAGGACGGUGACAUGAAUGCUGAUUCUGAUUCUUUGGAGUCGUGUUUUGUGGAUGCGCACAAAUUCUUUCCUUCCCCUCCCACUACAUUAAAUUGUCUCUACGAGGAGGAGGAUGAGGAGGAUGUGGAGGAUGAGGAGGAUGGGGAGGGUUUUUACAAGGAGAAAGAGUUCAGCACCCACACUAUUCCUGAUGUAUCUGUUAUAGAGGUGAGCAAGGGUAAGCAUCUGGAUGUUAUAGACGUGUUGUCUGACUCUGGCCGGAGGCCUUACCUGGUUAAUAAAUUUGGGGAUCGCGUUCUCAUUGAUUCUCUCAGAGGCAAAUAUGUCGUUAUCUGUUGCGUCUCCGUGCCUCUGCGUGCUAAUUACUCUUGUCAGGGUGCUGCCGUAUGCCGGACCAUCAUGGCUGCACGCUCCUGCGGGACUUGUCGUCCUAAUUUUGAGAUCGUCGUUGCUGCCAAGAUGCUUCGUGAUUGGGACAAGGAGGAUGUUUUCAACCACUUCUUCUCUGGUUUCCUUGAUGAUACCCUCGCAAUCCCCUUUUGGGAUGUUUCCUCCCGACACCGUUUAUGCGAUUCUGUCCGCUUGGAAUCGGAUACUGCUGUACCUCUUGUUGUAAACCCCCAAGGCUUGGUUUUACAGUCAGUAUGGGGUGCGCGUUGGAAGUUUAAUAAAUAUGGCUCCGAGUUUUUCCCCUUCACUGAUGAGCAUUUGGGUGAGCUUGAUAAAGCUGACCUAACACUGAGGGUAAAGUGGGAUAAAAUUUACAGGGAUCAUAAGAAGGAUGAUUUGAGAAGAGAAUUUGGUGAUAACUUUGAGCAGAUAUGCAGCACCGGUCGUCCCUCUCUCGACUCUCUACUGGGCUGCACCACUCUCACGAAGCUUGAUGAUACAGGAGUGGGUAUAUUUGUGACAGAGUUGAGCCGGAAAGUUGUAGGAAUAUACCUCUGCAAGGAUGGGUCGUCAAUGGACACUUUCCACCAGUUCCAGCAACGUUGUUUGUCUCACGGUGCCGGUGAUUUUGAGAUGGUGCUGGUCUGCCUUGCCUUUGAAGAGGACCAUAGCUCAUUCCUGGAACAUAUUAAGCUUGCAUUGAAGAAGCGUGGCAUCGACUCCUGGUGGCUAUGCCCCUCUGACGACAAGACAUGUCGAAUGCUUGCCCGGCUCACUUAUUGCUUUUGCUAUGCAGAUGAGUUGAUCAUUGUGCCGCCUGGUGAAAAAUCAGCCGAGCUGGAGGGAAGGAAUGUGUUACAAGUCAGGGAAUUUGAUGACCCAAAGUAUUAUCCCUUCACCAGAGAAUCUAUACUUGAAAAGAGGCUGGCUAUGUUCAAAUCACACACAAUAGUGUCACUGUUGGCAAAGGACUUCACGUAUCUUGUUCGCGGGGACAGUCGUGUGCCUCUGAGUGACCUUAGAGGCAAAAAAAUUAUCCUUUACUUGGACAUGUUUGGGGGUGAUGAUCUGCGGAGUUACUGUCUCCUGAGUGACUAUUACUCCGACAUUCAGCGCGAGCAUGGAGAUUGUGAAGUAGUCUUCCUUCCGUUGUGUGAAGGGAAAGCUCGUAAGAUGGCAUGGCUGAAGCUGCCUUCUCCAUCUGGUUAUGUGAAUGGUCAGGUAUUGGCGUACAUGGAUGAGUCUGAGGAGGUUGGUUCCCUCAUAGCAUUUGGGGAAGAUGGUCGGAUGGUCUCCAGAAAUGUUAGGGACAAACUCGAGGAUGAAGAUAUUUCUUCAGUCUUUAAUGAUACCCUUCGCCAAGAGAUACUUGCUGAUCUGGCUGAUUUGGAAACUAAUUAUAUGGUGUACUGAUAGUACUUAUUACUAAUAUUUUUAUGAUUGGAUAUGUGAGCUUUGAUUAGUUCUUGGUAUAUGCAACACUAGAUAUGCAUUACAUGAUAGUUGUUGGAAUCUCAAUCUCUAUUGUCUUGGAUUUCUCUGUGUGUUUAAAUAAAUAGUAAUCCCUAUCUACACUGUCUACUUCAAUGCUUUCUUUAGAUUCAUCUUAAUUGGUUUUUUUUUUAAAUUUGUUUAGUGAAUGGCAAGCAGAUAAGCUGAAAUAGUUGGGCAUAAAAGCAAAAACACUUGUUUGUCCAGAUAUGUUUUUUUUUUCAAUUUAGUGUGACUAUGGCAACACUUUUUAUUCCUUCAUAUUUUUAUGAUUGGAAUCUUGGAUAUGUGAGCUUUGAUUUUUCUUGGUGUAUGCAACACUAGAUAUGCAUUACAUGAAAUGUGAUUUGUAGUUGAAUUCCACAAUGUACGUUUCAAAAUACAUUACCAAAUCCUCACAGUCUUUCUCCUUGAUUUUCCCAUUCCUUAAUUGACUGACAAAUUUCCAGUCUUAAUAUGUAGAAGUCUUUCAAAUUUCUCCUUAGCUAUACCUCACAUGUCUUUACACAGUAGAACCUAAUAAGAGUUCUGGGGAAUGCAUGGAUAAAAAGGUAAACUGCCUAUACGAAUGGGUGGGUGAAGAUUUGUAUAGUGCAUGGUGCAAAUCUUGGCUGAUAUAUGAGUGGCUUAUAAAUGGCUCCCAAAUUAUACUACCCGUCCACUUGAGUAUUUUUUAUCUUGGUUACUCAGUUAUUAACUUUCAUGUGGGCAGGGAAGUGGGAUAGAUGGGACAUAAAUUGAAUGUCUUAGAAAAUAACUAAACAAAACUAAGAUCACUACAAGUUUCUGAUUUUGUAAUCACUUCAUGGAUUUUCUCCCCUCUGCCACUUCAUGAUAAGUUAAAAUGAAGUCUUUUAUCUGUCAUUGCAAGAUGAAGGAAGCUAACACAUUUCCGGCUUGUGGUGCAGGAUUUUUGUUAAUAUGCUAAUACAAUAUUUGUAAUCACAAUUCUCUUUUAUCCUAGAAACGAAAAGCUGUUCAUGGUCUGUUUCUCAUUUGCAGAGGGUCCACUGGCAUGGGCAUUAAUUGUUUGGCAUUGUAGCUUGGUUUUCAGUUCUGCUGAUAAAAUUGUUAGUGUCUUCAUACAUCUUUUGCCUGGAUUAGUUUUCUUUACGAUUCGAUGGUGGGAUCCUGUUUAUUUAGGAGCCAUGCACCCUGAAGGGAACGGCCGCAGAGCCUCAUGGCCUUAUGCAGAAAGCAAAUCCUACCUUUGGACAUGGCUGUUUUUCGUACCCUUGAUAACAUACACUCUCUGGCAGAUCUUCUAUUUCCUCAUUGUGGAUGUUUUACGCCACCAAAGAGUUUUAAGGGAUUCUGAGGUCAUGACUUCAUACAGGAUACACGGCAUACAAAAGUGUCACCUGCUUCUAUUUUGGUGAAGAAACUGCAUGUUAUUGCAGUUGGAGUGAAACAGAUCCAUCCACUUUUCUAAUACGCGGAAAAACGUAUUUAGAUGAUCGUAACAAGGUGGAUUUCAUUAAACCUAAGCUUAAGAAUACACCCCACUCAAGUCCAAUACGAAGUUUGUAAUCAUAAUUCUGCCACAAUGCAUCAGUCGGUGGUGGAUGAUUCUGCAUUAUCUCCCGAAGAAGAACGAUUAUGGAACAUUGUGAGAGCAAAUUCUCUAGAUUCCGGUGCUUGGACUGCCCUUAUAGAGGAAACUGAGAAAAUUCCAGAGGUAAAAAUUUGGACUAUCUGAAUCUAGGCUAUCCUCGUGAGAAGUGCCAAUACUGCCAUGCUAUAAUGUGGACAGAAGAACGCAACAACAGCAACGCAAAGAGCUCACCACCCACUUUCUCUUUGUGUUGCAUGGAAGGCUGGGUUUCCCUCUCCGCAUUGAAAAAUGCACUUGAGUAUCUUAGAGACCUUCUUAGCCACAAUGGAGGAAAACGUUCCGCUACCUUUCGUGAAAACAUGCGGGCAUAUAACUCAAUUCUUGCCUUCACAUCAAUAGGGGGCGCAAAUAGAUUACAAAAUCAAUAAAACCAAAGGACCAUACGUCUUUAGAAUCAGCGGCCAAAACAGCCAUCACAUUGGUUCACUUCAUCCCCAACCAGGGAAACCACGGAAGUUCCUCCAGCUAUAUAUGUAUGAUAACAUAACUGCGGAAGUGUCUUUUAGGAUAAAGUUACUUACGAAGGACAAACUGGACUCCAAGCUCGAUGAGACCAUUCUCUCGGGCCUAAUAAAAAUGCUUGAUACGGAGAAUUGUUUGGCAAAAACAUUCCGAAUGGCACAAGACAGAAUGAAAGAAAGUGAAGACAUACAGCUGCAACUACACCUCUUAUCAUAGCGCACACCUCUUAACUCUUAAGACUUACACUUCUAUUUUUAGAGAAGCUUUAAUUUAGUCCUCUUAUAUUUAAUUUUUUUUUGUAAUUUAUAAACUUUAAUAUUACUU